CUCACGACACACACCGACUCUCUGACUGGCGACCAGCCGGGAUUGAAAAGGUUGUCCGUAGUAGGCUCGAAUAACUUAAUUGAAAGGCAAUAGAACAUGGCAUCGAAUAGUUGCAGUGGAGUUCCCAAAUGGGAGAGAAAAACACGUUUGUUUCUUUGUAUCUUCGGUUUGUUUUUGUCAUUCUAUGCUCUGCACGUUGAGAUUUCGCGAGAGAGGGACCCUGAGUAUCGGGCGAUGUGCGACCUAGGAGAUUCUGUGAGCUGCUCUAAAGUUUUCACCUCGAGAUGGGGACGUGGUUUUGGGCUUGUACAGUUCUUCUUUGCUAAAGACAGUGUACUGAAUCAACCCAACAGUCUGCUGGGGAUCAUUUUCUACACAUUGCAACUGGCUCUGGGUCAGUCUGUGUCCAGUAGGGCAGCGUUCCUCCUGGUCUUGGCCUCCUGGGUGUCCAUGGCUGGAUCGCUGUACCUAGCCGGAGUACUUGCCUUCAUUCUGGGAGAUUUCUGCGUGGUCUGCGUCUCAACCUAUGUGGUUAACUUUUUGCUGCUCUUCACCAAUCUGAAGAGGAGGACGGGACUGGAAGCAGUCAAGACAAAGACUGGCUGAGAGACUAUCUUUGUGUGCAUCUCAAUAGUCUAAGUAGUUUUUUCCCCCUUGCCUUCCACCCUACUGCACUGAUAAUAUACAGCGUAUUCAGAAAGUAUUCAGACCCCUUGACUUUUUCCACAUUUUGUUACGUUAGACUUAUUCUAAAAAUACGAUUUAAGAAAUUUUUGCACUUUUAAGAAAAAUGGAAAUAUGACAUUUUACUUAAGUAGUCAGACCUUUUACUCAGUACUUUGUUGAAGCACCUUUGACAGCGAUUACAGCCUUGAGUGUUCUUGGGUAUCACGCUACAAGCUUGGCAACCCUGCAUUUGGGGAGUUUCUCCCAUUCAUCUCUGCAGAUCCUCUCAAGCUCUGCUAGGUUGGACGGGGAGCGUCAUUGCACAUCUAUUUUCAGGUCUCUCCAGAGAUGUUUGAUCGGGUUCAAGUCCGGGCUCUGGCUGGGCCACUCAGGACAUUCAGAGACUUGUCCCGAAGCCACUCCUGCAUUGUCUUGGCCGUGUGCUUAGGGUCGUUGUCCUGUUGGAAGGUGAACCUUCACCCCAGUCUGAGGUCCAGAGCGCUCUGGAGCAGGUUUUCAUCAAGGAUCUCUGUACUUUUCUCCGUUCAUCUUUCCCGCAAUCCUGACUAGUCUCCCAGUCCCUGCCCCUGAAAAACAACCCCACAGCAUGAUGGCGUCAGGUUUCCUCCAGACGUGAUGUUGGGCAUUCAGGCCAAAGAGUUCAAUCUUGUUUCAUCAGACCAGAGAAUCUUGUAUCUCAUGGUCUGAGAGUCCUUUAUGUGCGUUUUGGCAAACUCCAAGCGGGUUGUCAUGUGCAAACCCCAAGCGGAUGGCUUCUGUCUGGCCAUUCUAUCAUAAAGGCCUGAUUAGUGGAGUGCUACGGAGGUGGUUGUCCUUCUGGAAGGUUCUCUCAUCUCCACAGAGGAACUCUGGAGCUCUGUCAGAGUGACCAUCAGGUUCUUGGUUUUAUUUUUUUUAUUAACUAUGCAAGUCAGUUAAGAACACAUUCUUAUUUACAAUGACGGCCUACCAAAAGGCAUAAGUCCUCCUGCAGGGGACAGGGGCCUGGGAUAAAAAAUAAAUACAAUAUAAAUAUAGGACACAACAAGAGAGACAACACUACAUAAAGAGAGACCUGGUAACCUCCCUGACCAAGGCCCUUCUCCCCCGAGUGCUCAGUUUGGCCCGGGAGGCCAGCUCUAGGAAGAGUCUUGGUGGUUCCAAACUUCUUUCAUUUAAGAAUGAUGAAGCCACUGUGUUCUAUUGGACUUUCAAUGCUGCAGACAUUUUUUGGUACCCUUCCCCAGUCUGUGUCUUGACAUAAUCUUGUCUUGGAUCUCUAUGGACAAUUCCUUCGACCUCAAGGCUUGGUUUUUGCUCUGACAUGCACUGUCAACUGUGGGACCUAAUAUUGACAGGUGUGUGCCUUUCCAAAUCAUGUCCAGUCAAUUGAAUUGACAACAGGUGGACUCCAAUCAAGUUGUAGAAACAUCUCAAGGAUGAUCAAUGGAAGCAGGAUGCACCUGAACUCAAUUUCAAAUCUCAUAGCAAAUACUUAUGUAAAUAAGGUGUGUUUUUUUACUCUGAAUACAUUAGUAAAAGAAAUCUACAAACCUGUUUUCGCUUUGUCAUUAUGGGGUAUUGUGUGUAGAUUGAUGAGAAUUAUUAUUUUUUGUCCAUUUUAUAAUAAGGCCACGUCACAAAAUGUGAAAAAAGCCAAGAGGCCUGAAUACUUUCCAAAUGCACUGUAUACAGUUAAAUGUGCCAUUUAGUAGACACUUUCAUCCAAACUGACUUACAGCCAUGCGCGUAUACAUUUUUUGUAUAGGUGGCCCCAGUGGGAAAUCAAACCCAUCAUCCAUGGGUUGCAAGCACCAUGCACUACUACCUACUGAGCCACCCAGAACCAGCACUAAUCUUAACUGAUAAAAGAACUGGACAGGUGAAAGCAAAUCCCCCAAUAGACCUGAUACUUAUUGCUUUUCACCAGUCAACCAAACCUUUUCCAAUCAGUGGAAACAGUGAGGAAAGGAGAUGAGGUGAGGCAGCCACUUAACAUUGUUGAGAUGCACCCUGCAUUUUAUUACGUGCCCGCAGGCAGUUGAAUUGGGUACAAAAAAUUGGUUACUGGCAAAGAAAAUAAGCUAAAUGGAUCCUGUGAAAAUUAAGCAUAGGAUUCUUUCAGACCCAAUGUAUCAUUACUAAGGACAUUGAUGUAUCAGUGACAGAUGAGCCGUAUUGUUCUUGCAUUGGAUGCUCUUGGGACUGGUACAACGGGUUGAGUACAUUAUAAUUAUGAUACGACAUACCCCUUUUCUGAAGUGAAAGCAGUUAUUCCAUCCACCCUUAUCGACCAAUUCACAUUAUACUUACAUCAUCCAGACUGUUACAGAUAAAUGGGCCAAUUAAUUCAAUGUCUGUUUCUUUUAAUAGAAUAAAAUCGUGUGUUCUCUCAUA